GAUCCGCCCCUCUGGCCUUGCCCCCCGUCCCCGCUCCGGCCAUGGCGGCGCGGCUGUGGCGGCUCUGCAACCUCCUCAUGGCCGCCUUCUUCGGGCUGGCGGCCGCCGUGCAGGUGAACGACCCCGACGCGGGGCUGUGGACGGUUGUGUACUUAGUGCCAGCUGCCCUGACACUGCUUGUCAGCAUCAACCCUUCAAUAACAGAUAAUGGUGUUUGGAGGACCCUGUGUGACUUUCAUUCUGCUGGCUGUGUGGUUGGGACCAUUGCCUUGGCUUACUCUUUGUUUGCUUACGCUCAAGGAAACAUUUUUCACGAAGAGGAAGGCAGAGAGUUGUUUGGUCUGGUAAUUAUUACAAUAUGGAUGAGUCUUUGUCGCAGUUCAGCAAAGAAUCCUCUGGGAGGAGUUUGCUUGGCUGCUGCAGUCGUGGUUGCCCUCUUCCCCUUUGCUUCAUGGCUGUACAUUUAUGUGAACAAAGAGCUGCGAGCAGCUUGGCCAGAGCACUGCAAAACAGUGAUUUAACUGGGUAGGAGAAACUAAACAUUCUGAUUUUACUUGCCUUUGCUUUUGGUGAUUAAUGAAAGAUUAGUGUCAGUUUGAUAGGAUACAAGAAUGCCUGGCUACUUCUAGCAGUACCAUUUGAGUUUCGGUAAAAAGUUGAGGAACACUGUCAAAUCUGAAUGGGGAAUUUUUCUGUGGAAACUGUUGUUCAACUGGCUGCUUCCUACAUUUUCAAAGCACUGUUGAUCUAAUGUGUUCUAAUGGUAUAUAUCCUGGCAUCCCUGGAUCACUCUCUAACCACCUCGUACUUUGGGAAAUCUACUGUUCUGUAACAUAAGGGACAAGUAAAGCAAACACUGUUUCAAUACAUGAUUAUUUACAGCCAUAGAACUUCCAAAUACCUGCCUGGAUAAUCCAUUUGAGACUAACCUGGAAUUGAGCAGUCUGUAUUUCUAUUCCUGUGCUAAAAUGAUAUAUAGAAUAUAUUUGAAAAAUUAUUUUUGCUAUUAACUGAAAAUCACGAGUUUUGCAGAGUAAUAAACACUAUUUUUCUAAAGAAAACUCAACAAAAGUCUCCAUAUAGUUUAUUUUUUGGGAGAUGUGUACUUGAGCCCGCCACCAGCAGAUGUGGGCUCCGUCACAACUCUGCUGGCACUGUCACAGCUCUGCUGCUCACUGGCUUUUUCCUGGAAAGCAGCCCAGC